GCCCUGUCUUUUGCAAUAGUCGGGUUUUUAUAGUUAUUGUUUUGCUUAAUUGCUUUUUAAAACUUGGUUCAUAAUUCUCAAAUGCAAACAUACACAUGAUGAACAAUCAACUCCUGCCAGGUUUUUUGAAACAUUAAAAGAAAGAAAAUGUGAAGUCCAAAGUGUGGGACCUAUGCAGCCGCUAAUCUCUUUAGUAAUAAGGCCAUGAACCGUAAGGAUCUUGUUAAAAAUGCGCUUGCAGCUCUGUGCUGUUCUUUGUUGAGCUAACAAGCCUCCCCCUUUCAUAGUUUGGGAAUGUAAACCCCUUUGCUCUUGAGUGGAAAUCCAUUUGGGAGCUUUUCAGCAGGGAAGAACUUUUAUAGUCAGUUUUGCAGGACAAGGAUCUGCCUACAAAAGCGGGAUGUGUGUGUGUUUCGAAUGGCCAUUUACAGGAUAACCCUGGAGGGUGUUUUUCCAAUUUUCUUUCCCCUGCAAUGUUUUUGAAUGAUUCUGCUAACUUUUCGGAAAGUGAAAAUGAACCUCAUUCGGCCUUCUCACAGACUGAACACAACAUAGUUGCAGCUUAUUUGAUAACAGCAGGAGUCGUAAGUCUUCUGAGUAACAUAGUGGUCCUAGGCAUCUUUGUUAAGUAUAAGGAACUUCGAACAGCAACCAAUGCCAUUAUUAUUAACCUGGCUUUCACUGACAUUGGAGUGAGUGGGAUUGGCUACCCCAUGUCUGCAGCUUCAGAUCUUCAUGGAAGCUGGAAGUUCGGCUAUGCAGGCUGCCAGAUCUAUGCUGCUUUAAAUAUCUUUUUUGGAAUGGCAAGUAUUGGUUUGCUUACUGUUGUUGCAAUUGACCGUUACCUGACAAUCUGCAAGCCACAUAUAGGUAGUAGACUUACUGCUAACAACUACACAGUUCUGAUUCUUGCUGCCUGGAUCAAUGCAGUCUUUUGGGCCUCGAUGCCGAUUGUGGGCUGGGCAAGCUACGCCCCAGAUCCAACUGGAGCUACCUGUACAGUGAACUGGAGGAAAAACGAUGCAUCCUUUGUUUCUUUCACGAUGUCUGUAAUUGCCGUUAACUUUGUCAUCCCACUGUCGGUCAUGUUUUACUGUUACUUCAAUGUUUCGCGAACUAUGAAGCGGUACACCAGAAGCAGUUGCCUGGAGAGCAUCAACAUAGAUUGGUCUGAUCAAGUAGAUGUAACAAAGAUGUCUGUUGUCAUGAUUUUAAUGUUCCUGGUAGCAUGGUCACCAUAUUCUAUCGUGUGUUUGUGGUCUUCGUUUGGGGAUCCCAGGAAAAUUUCUCCUGCCAUGGCAAUUAUAGCACCAUUAUUUGCCAAGUCCUCCACAUUCUAUAAUCCCUGUAUUUAUGUCAUUGCGAACAAAAAGUUUCGAAGGGCCAUCUUUGCGAUGGUCAGAUGUCAAACACGACAAGAGAUCACAAUCAACCAUGUCUUCUUGCCAAUGAGUGCAUCUCAAAGCACAAUUACCUAAGGAUGCUGAUGGAAAGCAUUGCCUCUAUGUUUACUUGCUUGCCGAAUCCCUGGAAAGAAGCAAGUCUGAUCUGUUUUGCAAAUAGUUGUGUUACAAGGACUUUGCUUAGUGUCAAGUCAUUUGACUCCAUAGCUGGAUCCUGUGGUAGCUAUGAUGGUAACAAGGACCAUAUAUUUUAUUCCCCGAGAUGUACCAGGGUCCUGGCUGGCCCAGGCUGUAUGGUUGCUGACCCCUGGUGCCAAGCUAUCUGCUGCAGCACUGUAUUAGCAAAAAGACCCUUGUGGUUCAUUGUACAAGCACAAUUUUUCAUAGGCGCGUGCCCUUAGUAUCUAUAAUAAAACACCAAUAAAAAUCAAGACUUCAGAGAUUAGUAUUUUUGACUGCUUUAUAUCCUUUCCCACAAUUAUUAGUCAGAUUUUUACCUGUUAGAAUGAGGGAGGAGGGGAUGGUACAUUUUCAUCAAGAAUAUAAACCAUAUUACAGUAACAAAUAUAUUUUUAAACAGCC